AUGAGCUACCUGGAUGGAGUCCCCUUCCGGACGGCCAAGAGCCUCGAAGGAGACCCAGUGGGACAAAACACCCUUAUCGAUGCACCGGCCAUAGACCUUCCUGACUGCACCGACAUCCUCGUGAGCACCAUGCACGACUUCUCGCUGGAACGAAAGGUGCUCUACUGGCUGGAGGCUGCCUCUCAGCACCAAACCUCCCGGCACCGGCUCACCACCGACACCGUCCCCACGGCCCCGCCGUGCUGGCUGCUGCUUGUGGACCCUGCUGAGGGCAGGGAGACGGCCGGGGGCAGAGCGCGGGAUGGUGCGGUGCGGCGCUGCAUCAGCCUCAACGCCGCCGACCAGGGCAGAGGCAGAGCCUCUGACACGGAGAGCGAGGCCGCGCGCCCGGAGGAGGACGGGUACUUGGAAGAUGAUGAGUAUUCCUCCACCUCCUGGGAAGAAAAUGACAGGGAUGAGAAUGUUUUCAGGAGGAGAAACCAGCAUGUCUUUCAGCAGAUCCGACCGAAGACAUCGCCCGGCUUGCUGGAGCCGCCUCCAGAGAACGGCUACAAGGCAGCGAGCCCGGACAUGGGCAAGCAGAGGCGGUCCUUGGUUUUGUUCAACAACAUGAAGAAUGAGCUGGAAGCAGCCAGGAGGAAGCUGGCUGCUUUGGUGCAUCCUUUAAACAGAGCCAUGGCUGAGAAUGGAGGGCUCCCAGAGCCACCAGCACUCCCCCAGCGCUCCCGAAACAACAGGAGCCUGAAGUAUGGGCCGGCAGCAGCCGUAUCCUGCGCGGGAGGCUUGGUGCCAGCUCCCCCUCCAGGGCCAGCCAUCCCCAUGCCCCCCAUCCGCAAGCACAAGCCCACAGUGCCGUCCCUCAGCCCCUACACCUGCCUGCCCCCGGCACGGCCGCUGGCAUCCCGCAAAACCAAGCCGGAUUCGGCGGCCGACCUGCUCGCGGCACUGAGCCAGGAGGAGCGCGACCUCAUCGAGCCCGUCAUCGCCUUGGGCUACCCGGCCCACAAAGCCAUCCUCACCCUCCAGAAGAUCGGGAGGCAAAGCCUGGGGCAGUUCCUGGGCUACCUCCGGGCCUGCGACCGGCUGCUGAAGCAGGGCUACGAGGAAGGGCAGGUGGAGGAGGCCAUGGAAAUGUUCCAGUACUCGGAGAAAAAGGCAGCCGAAUUCCUGCACUUGUUAGCUCAGUUCAACGACAUGGGUUUCCAGCAGAAUGAAAUCAAAGAAGUCCUCCUGCUUUGCGGGAACCAGAGAGACAAGGCGCUGGAAGAGCUCAUGAUGAAGAGGCAGUGA